GAGGAGGGAAAGCGUCCCUGCAACCGGAUUCCCCCCCCAAAACUAUCAAAACUCAGCAGGAUCCAGAGAUUGCAAGAUUGCCCUUGGGGAUCUGUUAACUCUUGGAGUGCUGGAGUUCUUUUCCCCUCCUCUUCCCCCUCCACUCUUUAAGAAACAGAAGCCGCCAAAGUCUUGCUAAGCAGGGCACCCGAUGCCAUGGCCGACGACAACGAGCUGUUAGCUGAGAUCGCCGAAAACGAGAGCGAGGCCUUGGAGGUGGAUUCCCAGGGCGCACCUGCGGAGCCGAGUACACUGCUGCACAAGCUGAAAGGCGCCAUCUCGAAAUCCGUCCAGAGCAAAGUUGACGGCAUACUGCAAGACGUCCAGAAGUUUUCGGAUUACGCCAAGCUUUACCUCUACCUCCAGCUGCCUUCUGGCCCGAGUUCGGGAGAGAAAAGCCUGGAUCUCGCUUCGCUGAGCUCGGUUGAACACAUGCACGCCUGCACCUGGAUCCGGAAUCACUUGGAGGAGUACCCGGACACCUGCUUGCCGAAACAGGACGUGUACGAUGCCUACAAGAGGCACUGUGAUAACCUUUGCAGCCGCUCUCUGAGUGCGGCGAAUUUCGGCAAGAUCAUCCGGGAGAUCUUCCCGAACAUCAAGGCGAGGAGGCUGGGCGGCCGCGGACAGUCGAAGUAUUGCUACAGCGGGAUUCGGAGAAAGACGGUGGUCCACAUGCCUCCUCUUCCCAGCUUAGAUCUUAAAGAAACCGAGACGACUGAAAGGGCUGACCUCGUGCCGACCUACAACGACGAAGUGAUGGACGCCGCCUGCGCCCUGACGUGCGACUGGGCCGAGAAGAUCCUCAAGCGGACCUUCAACAACAUCGUGGAGGUGGCCCAGUUUCUCAUCCAGCAGCACAUCAUCAACCCCCGCUCGGCCCACGCCGACCUGGUCAUGGCGAUGGUGGUCUCAGAAACUGCAGAACCCCCCAGGGAAAAACGACUGCCGCCGAGCACAAAGAAGAACGAGUCCGAAGCCCAGGAGAAUGCAGCCAAACCACUGCCUCAGGCCAAGAAAGAGAAUCCCUCCAAGCCUCCCGCAGCCCCCCCACGGGACUCCAAGAAAGCCGCGGAAGCGGCGGCCAAGCCACCCAUCGCCCCCCAAGUGAGCGCCCUGAUGGCUCGCCUUCGUUUGCUGUUGCCCCGAGUGCAGCCCGUCGAGCGGCUCGUGGUGUCCCCCGGAGUGGCGGCCAUCCACUCCUCCCCACCCGUCCUGGAGCCCAAGCUCAUGGCCACCCCCGUGGGGGGCACGGUCAAGAUGGCCCUGUCCGUGGGCCCCACUCCGUCCCCGCUGCCUCUGAACUUGGCGCCUGCUGUGAAUGGCCCCGGGGCGAUGGUUAGCCAACAGAGUGCCGUGCCGGUCAUCAACAUGAUCCUUCCCGGCGUGGCGGUGCCCCCUACGGCCGAGAUCCCAGCCAAGCCCAGAAAUGCACCCGGCGGCGGGGGCGUGGCGAGCAGCGAGCCCAAAUGGAGUCUUCCCGACCCAUUGAAAGCCAGAGCGCCCAGCAAGCGGCCGGCGGAGUCGUCCACGGACGCGGCGACGGUGAAGAGGAAGCGGGGGCGACCCCGGAAGAAGGCAGAUGAGCCAGACUCCUGUCUGCCGGAGAAGGCCACUGGCGAAGAGGAGGCCUCCGGUACAAAGGAAGACUCUGAUGUCAUUGUGGUCACUGUGGGUUACGGAGACUGCACUUCGUUACCCUCCACCCAGCGGGGUCCCCAGAAAGAGGGUCCGGAAGCAGAGAUGCUCCCCGUAGGAGACACCAAGGGAUCGUCCCCCAGGGACACCGGUGGAACAGGCCUGUCUGCAGCUAGCAGCCAUGUGGUUGGCAACCCCGCAAAAGCUGCCAUCUUGCCCUCUCAGGUGAGUGUCAUCCAGGGCCACAGAUCCGGCACCCAGAGCCUACUGAAGGAGGCUGGAAGCCAGUCGCACAAGCCCGUGCAAUCGGGUCAGGGCCUUUCAGGGCCAGAGGUCAGGCCCAACGCUACCCUAGCAAGGGAUUCAGUCCCCCGUUCCCUCCUUGAAGACGCCCAAUCAGAGAGAUCCAGCUCAUCGGAAUCCGAAUCUGAGCCCCAAGACCUGUCCAUCAGCAAAUCCGUCUUGCCGUCGUCCAAGGAUCAUUCGGACGCCACCAGUUUGCGGGGCUCUGUCAUGCGAUUGCAUCGGAACAGUGUCGAACGGGACAAAGGGGGGAAGGCGAGCCCCCCAGUGACUUCCGCGCAUGCCCCGAGUCGGUAACGUUCCCGUCCCGGGCCCCGUGUCCCACCACCACAUUGGCAUCACUGAGCCCAGCUUUUCACCCGUACCCCUCAGCUUCGCUAACGCACGUGUGUAGAAGGAAAACGCAAGACAGUAUUGGCUGCCGAACUGCUUUUCACCCAACAUUAUCUUGCAAGAGUAUGUGUCCCCGAACAGAUGUUUACUUAGGAUCAGUAACUGGUUGCUGUCUUUCUUCUCUCUGCUGGGAAGUGGGGUGGGCUCCCCGAUAUUCCGGAGCUGGCGGAUUCUGCUCCUGACGGAUGCAGAUACCUAGAUGUCCCGGGCUUCUUACAACGGCCAAGAUAAUUCGACAAGUGUAGGGAGGGAAGACCGAAACUUGGGUUCGGCACCACCGCCGAUCUAGGCUUUUGAAUUUUCCUCUCCAGAACCAGCACAGAUGUUGGAGAGGAGAGAAGAGUUUCCGUUCCUUAGAUUGCAAAUUUUCACGUGGAAGUUUUGGGGGGCAAAAGUUGAAUUUCACAGGGACACUCCCCCCCCGCCCCUUAAUCUCUAAGCAUCUUGACAAUCACGUCACAGCCAGCGUCCCAAAGAAUUUCGCUUUUUGUC